AUGUCCACCACUGCCGAGCCUGCCCGGAGGGCCAUGCCCUCUGCAUUGACCUUCGACCGUCACGCGAAAUGUUCGACUACCAAAGCGCGUGCGAGUACCCUCAAACUUCCUCAUGGCGACGUAUCUUUGCCGAUCUUCAUGCCUGUCGCAACCCAAGCCGCCCUCAAAGGCCUGACAUACGACCAAUUGCGCGAUACGGGCUGUAUGCUCUGCUUGAACAAUACAUACCACCUUGGCCUGAAACCGGGACAAGAGGUGCUAGACGCAGUUGGCGGAGCGCAUAGAUUGCAAGGAUGGGACCGCAACCUCUUGACCGACAGCGGAGGUUUCCAAAUGGUAUCUCUUCUGAAACUAGCCAAAGUCACUGAAGAAGGCGUGCGGUUCCUCAGUCCCCACGACGGCUCACCUAUGCUUCUUACACCAGAACACUCAAUCUCUCUUCAGAACUCUAUUGGAUCGGAUAUUAUUAUGCAAUUGGAUGAUGUGAUUGCGACUACGUCCCCUGACCAUGCCCGUAUCGAAGAAGCCAUGGAGCGUUCUGUGCGAUGGUUAGAUCGUUGUAUCGACGCACACAAAUAUCCCGAGAGACAAAAUCUGUUUUGCAUUAUUCAAGGUGGACUUGACUUGGAACUGAGGAAACAGUGCUGUGAAGAGAUGGUGGCUCGAGAUACUCCAGGGAUCGCCAUUGGUGGGUUAUCUGGUGGCGAGGCCAAGGAGGAGUUUUGCAAGGUGGUGGAUACGUGCACUGAUCUUCUACCUGAACACAAGCCCAGAUAUGUGAUGGGCGUGGGAUACCCCGAAGAUAUCAUCGUAGCAGUUGCUCUUGGUGCUGAUAUGUUUGACUGCGUGUGGCCAACACGGACAGCGCGUUUCGGCGAUGCUAUUGUGUCUUCCGGCACCCUGAAAUUGCGCAACCGACAAUUCGCAGAUGAUUUUGGUCCUAUCGAAGAAGGCUGCACUUGUGCCUGCUGCCGCCCGAAAGAAGAGGGUGGCCUCGGUGUGACUAGGGCCUUCAUUUAUCACAUUACGGCCAAGGAGACCGUUGGUGCUCAUCUACUUACAAUUCACAAUGUGCACUACCUCUUGAACUUGAUGAAAAAUGCCCGACAGGCUAUCAUGGAGGACCGAUACCCGGCCUUCGUCCGCCAAUUCUUCUCCAACAUUUACCAAGGCGACAAGUCGAAAUAUCCUGAGUGGGCUGUGGGCGCAUUGCGUGGGGUCGGUAUGGAUCUACUGGCUGAUGAAUGA